AUGCCACGCGAAAUGACCGAGAAACGACGAGAGCAGAACAGAAGGGCGCAGCGUUCGUACCGAAACAAUAUGAAGUCCCGGAUUGAAGAGCUCGAACGAGACAAUUCAUUCUUGCUGCAGCAAACCGAGUUCAGCAUUCCAAGUCAAUUCACACGGCCAAUAAUUUCGAGGGGCUCAGGGCUAUCGAGCCGUCAGCCUGAAGAGUGGGAUACAAAUGGAGAAUUGGGCUCUACAGUGCUUGAAAAUAUUUCACUUCAAAACGACUCUCUCUUCAAUCCCGAAAAGCUCGAUUCCACCCCGGUGCAUAAAGAUCCCAAGUUCCAGUCACCAAUCACGAUGGGAGGUGGAAGGGUCUAUUACCAUCCAUAUAUCGACCCAUCCCAUCGCUCGGGCACAUGGGCCGUCAAGUUAAUAAGAGCGCAGAUAAAUGAAGUAAGGAUCAAUCGGCGACCGGGAAGCGCUAGACAUGCAACGAACCCCGAUCUAGAAGAGGCAGCGCACGAGAUAAAGUUGUCACAUACAACCACGAAAUCUUCAGUGACACCUAGUGGGACGACUGCACUUCACCUGGCAGCGGCGUCCAAGAAUGCCCAAUGUGUGGAGAUAUUGCUGGAACAUGGCUUUGACAUCGACUCUCUCGGUAUCAAUGGACGCACGGCUCUAAUGGCUGCUGCUGUUGACAGCUCAGAUGUGAUUCGAACUCUCCUUGACCGAGGCGCUGAUUUAUCGAUAUACGCACCGGAUGGAAAAACAGCGCUAGAAAUUGCAGCGCAUCUGGGUAAACCGAAGGCCCUGACCACCCUACUGAUAGCUUCUACAGUUUAG